CCCAGUGGCAGUUUUACCGCCCAUCCACCAACCCACCAAACUCUUCCCAUAUUCCAUUUCCCACCAACCCCCAAAUCACCCGCCUCAAAUGAAAUCCCCCGAGAUCCCACCACUUGUCUGUUUCUUUCACAAUGGCUGCUUCUCUGCAAGCUGGUUCCACUUCUGGUAUUGCCAGGAAUCACACAUUCCAGCGUCUUCAUUCCGCUGCACCCUGCUAUGGCAAUUCCAUUUCCUUCCUUCCCCAGCCACCGUCUCUCCAUCUGAAUUCUUGAUAGGUUAACUGGGACAUCAAACUCAGUACGUUUCUCUACAAUAAGUGCCAUGGCUAAGUCUUCUGAUACUGCCGCUGAAGUUGUGGAAUUGGAUGUCUCAUUGAGCCCCAGAGUGAAUUCGGUAAAACCCUCAAAAACUGUGGCCAUAACGGAUCAGGCGACUGCUCUAGCAGAAGCUGGUGUUCCUGUGAUUCGGUUGGCUGCUGGGGAACCCGAUUUCGACACCCCAGCUGUAAUUGCCGAGGGCAGGCUGGCAUUAAUGCUAUCCGUGAAGGUUACACUAGAUACUCCCCUAAUGCUGGCACACAGGAGCUGCGUGCUGCAAUUUGUAAGAAGCUGAAAGAGGAGAACGGUCUAUCUUAUGCGCCUGACCAGGUUGUAGUUAGCAAUGGAGCAAAGCAAAGUAUCAUUCAAGCUGUGCUUGCAGUUUGUUCCCCAGGGGAUGAGGUUGUCAUCCCAGCACCAUUCUGGGUCAGUUAUCCAGAAAUGGCGAGAUUGGCUGAUGCUGAACCUGUGAUUGUUCCAACCUCUAUCUCCGAGAACUUCCUUAUGGAUCCAAAAGUGCUGCAAUCCAAACUUACCGAGAAGUCGAGACUUUUGAUACUCUGCUCUCCAUCGAACCCAACAGGAUCUGUUUAUCCCAGGGAAUUGCUGGAAGAGAUUGCCAAAAUUGUAGCUAAACAUCCCAGACUUCUGGUUCUGUCCGAUGAAAUAUAUGAACACAUUAUCUACGAACCUUCCAAGCACACAAGCUUUGCAUCUUUGCCAGGCAUGUGGGAGAGGACUCUGACAGUAAACGGAUUUUCCAAGGCUUUUGCCAUGACUGGGUGGAGACUUGGAUAUAUUGCUGGUCCUAAGCAUUUCGUAUCAGCAUGUAACAAGAUACAAAGCCAGGUAUUGCACAUUUCCAAGAAUAUGAAGACUUGUAACUUUCAACUUCUGGGGCCAGCAGUAUAUCACAGAAAGCUGCAGUUGCUGCAUUAGGACUAGGCUAUGCCGGUGGGGAAGCAGUGGCUACUAUGGUGAAAGCAUUCAGGGAGCGUCGAGACGUCUUGGUUAAAAGCUUUGGAGAAAUCAAAGGGGUCAAAAUUUCUGAACCCCAGGGUGCAUUCUAUCUGUUCAUAGAUUUCAGCUCAUACUACGGGUCAGUUGUUGAAGGUUUCGGUGAAAUUGUGAACUCUGAAUCCCUUUGUAGAUACCUAUUGGACAAAGCUCAGGUUGCAUUGGUCCCAGGAGUUGCAUUUGGAGACGACACAUGCAUACGGAUCUCGUAUGCAGCAUCCCUCCCCACAUUGCAGGCAGCUGUGGAGAGGAUGAAGAAGGCAAUAGUCUCUCUCAGGCCUGCUGUUCCAGUUUGAGUAUUUCCUGUAUUUAUAUAAUAUUUGAUAAAGUGAAUAUAAGUUGUUGGAUCUCUUAUGUGCAUCUCUGUGUUACAAGUCUUGGAAUUCCAAGUUAGGAGCAAAGCUUAACGGCACAUUUUGAUCUCACUUGAACCCCAUUCUUCACUUUUUACCUCUACUAUAAAAGAACUCUUUGAUUAAAGAAGCAGAAAGGUUGAGGCACCCAUAAUAUGUGCCAUUCCAACAUAUGUUGAAGACAGUCGGCCUUCUGUUCAACAUGACCCUAUCUCAGUCCUUUUUACAGCGCUUGUCCAUUGUCCUACUAUAAAAUUUCAAAGUGCACCUAUGGAGGGAUUCAAAUGGCUAAAUGCUCAAAAUAUGGAACAGGUUUUGCUGGUUUUGGGAAGCAUUCAAAAGAGUGAUAACUCCAUUGAAUGAAAACAUAAUCACAAUCAAAAUUUCCCAGCAAUAAGUAUCAAGGGACUCGUUCUAUCAUCCCAAGCUCCAACACCAGGUCUCUUUGGAUGCAACCCAAACUCGAACCACUCUGUCCCUUUCCUUCAUUGGCUUUUACUACAAAAACUAUUUCAUCUGUUCACUCUUGGGAAGCUAAAGAUGCAGCAUCUUUCAGACAAGACCUCAUAAUUUUCGCAAGCUUGGAGCAAGCAUCGAGACACAGCUCCAUAGCCUCAUUAAGGUUUGCAGAUGACCAUUCCCCGGUAAUGGUUAGCUGGGUAACCUUGUAUCUUGAUGGCAUACAAGUCAGCAUUAGGCUUCCAUCUUGAGAGCUUUCCUCUUCUUGUACUGGAUCAAUCACUAGGUUCUUUUUACUGAGAGAGGCCUAUAAAAACUCCAGCAACAAGGUCAUACAUCAUAAUCCCUGCAUCAGCUAGGGCAAGGCUUGCACAGGACACUACCACAGGAAGAUCGCCUAGAAACCAAAAUGACAAACUCAUAAAUGUCUCCACAGAAUAUCAGAUCCCA